UUCCGUCAUCUUCUCACAACGAAAUUACCAGUGAACACACAUUGCUAUAGAUCCAGAUCUCCAUCCUUCGAUUUCAGUCCCUCUUUCUCUUCAUUUCAAGCCCUAACCCUAAAUUCGAAUCCCAAUCUCUUUCUCAAUCCGAUGGCAUCCGAAGAAGCGAUCGCCGCCGUGGCUGAGACGGUCGAGAAUCCUCCACCGGAGCCGACCAGCACCGAGCCGGCCGAGGAAAAACCGGCGGCCAAAACCGGCAAGGCGAGCAAAGCCAAGGAACCGAAGGCGAAGAAACCAGCCGCUCCCAAGAAGGCUAGAACCACUCCCACUCACCCUCCUUAUGAAGAGAUGGUUAAGGAUGCGAUUGUGACUUUGAAAGAGAGAACUGGUUCGAGCCAGUAUGCGAUCACCAAGUUCAUUGAAGAAAAGCACAAGCAACUCCCUCCAAACUUCAAGAAGCUUCUACUUUACCAUUUGAAGAAGCUUGUUUCUUCCGAUAAGCUCGUCAAGGUCAAAAGUUCAUUCAAGCUUCCUUCUGCUAGGUCCGCCGCGGCACCUAAGCCUGCUUCUCCGGUGAAGAAGAAGCCAGUGGCCGCCGCCAAGCCCAAGGCUAAAGCUGCUGCGAAGCCUAAGGGAGGCAAAACGACUAAGCCAGCAAGCAAAGCUCCGGCGAAGCCAAAGGCUGCUGCAGCAAAGCCAAAGCCUAAGCCGAAACCUGCUGCAAAGCCGAAGGCUGCUGCUCCAAAGCCCAAAGCUGCUGCUCCUGUCAAGUCUAAGCCGGUUGCAACUGUCAAGCCAAAAGCUACCGCUGCCAAGCCAAAAGCUGCAGCUGCCAAGCCAAAGGCAGCAGCUCCAAGGCCCAAGCCCAAGGAGAGGCCGGCCAAGGCGGCGCGGACUCUGACGAGGUCAUCUCCGGGAAGAAAAGCUCCGGCGGCCAAGCCUGCACCGAAGAAAGCUGCGACUCCAAAGAAGGCUCCAACUCGGAGCGUGAAGCCCAGAAGCGUCAAGUCGCCGGCGAAGAAAGCUCCAGCUCGGAAGGGAAGAAAGUGAGAGAAUAGGGAGGAAGAGACUCUAGUUGGUUGUAGGGGUAGUCUUGUAAAUCUCUUCGUGUUUGCAGUUAAGAAAAAAAUAUAUAUCGGAUUUUUUUUUUUUUUUUUACUUUCAUUAUCGAGUUUUUCAGCCUGAAAAUCGAAUUGUUUUUCUUUCUAGGGUUUGUGGACAGUUUGAGAUUGUAACAACUUCAGUACACUUCAGUUGAAUUAGUGAGAAGAUGAGUUAUCGUAUUCA